AUGAGCGAUUCGUCCGACGGCGAAUUAUCAUCCUCCGGAAGUGGAGAAGAGGACGAUUUUAUGAUUGGAAAGAAAACGAAGCAGGGGAAACGGGAGAGCAUUUACGGCGCGUUCGCGGAAUCAGAGGAAGAGGACGACGAGAGAGAUGGGAAGAGGAGGAGAAGCAGAGGAGGAAGAAGAAAUGAUUUUUCAAAGCCGGUUGGGUUCACCAGAGCAGGCGCUUUUCAUGGAAAGAAAGGAGAAGAGGAGGAAUACGAAGAAGAGGACGACGAUGAUGAUGUGGCAGAAGAGAGACGGCAGAGCGGAUCAGGCGCGAGCGGGUUAGGAGGCGUGAGAGUCGGUGGUGGCGGCGGUGGCUUGGGCUUUACGAGCAAUACGGAGAACUACGACGACGACGAGGACGCGAGGACGGGUAUAGGCGGCGGCGGUCUCGGCCUCGGUUUCGCGCCGGCGGGUGCUACUAAUCACGAAGAAGAAGAAGAAGAAGAAGAAGAAGAAGAAGAUUUUGAUUUGUUACCGUCGUCGUUCGGACAACGCGUGGUGGCGAACGCGAGGCAGAGAAUGCGAGACGCGGAGGAGGCGAGGAAUGCGGCGAAAAGAAAACGCGAAGAGGCGAAAGCGAAGGAAAGCUUUGCCGCCGGGUUAGGAAACGAAGACGACGACGAUACAGACGAUAUGAGUAACAACAAUAGAAAACGAAGGAAUAGUAACAAAGAUGUUGGACACGAAAAGAUCGUGAAACCGGAUUUCGAAAAGCACACGAAAGGUAUCGGCGCCAAGUUAUUAGCGAAAAUGGGCUACAAACCUGGUCAAGGUUUAGGCGCCGAUGGGAAAGGGAUUUCCAGAGCCAUCGAAACGAAACUGCGACCGAAGAACAUGGGCAUGGGCUACGGCGAUUUCGAAGAGAACGUAGAAAACGAAAAGAAGACUCAACAAAAGAAAAAGAACGGUGGUAGACGAGGGGGCGCAGACUACGAGAGCGAGAAGUUGGCCAGCGAAAAACGAAUAGAGGAGAAAAGAAACAACGUAGAAACGAUAGAAAAGAAGCUUUGGAAACGCUCCGCGAAGGAAGAUGUGAAACGAAAAGCAGUCAGAUACGAAACGCCGGAAGAAUUGAUCGCUCGACGCGAGCGAGAGCGGCAAGAGUUGGACGACAACAUUGAGAAUAACAACGCGAACGAAGGUUCGUUCGUCGAAGCUUUGCACCAACCGAAAAUGAAAAUCAUCGACAUGAGUAAACGUGGCGGCGCGAGAGAGUUGGAAAUCGACGGCACGUCCUUUAAAUCGACGACCGGACAGUACCUCCAAGGCGACUCGGACGACGACGAGCAGCGCAUAGACGACCAACAUUUACCGGGAAGAGAGUUGUUGCGAAAUUUGAACGCGAUGGGGAAACUCGCCGCGUCGAAUAUUUCUUUGUACGACGCGAAAGUGCGAACGGAAAUGGACACGUCCGCGGUGUUAAUGCGCGAACAAGAGCGGUUGAGUCAAAUCGAGAAGGACGUGAAAAAAGCCGAAGAAGAUAUCCGAACUUUGAACGAGAAGGUGAAGCUGUUGGUGGAGAACGAAAAAGACGAGAACGACGAAAAGAUUCUGGAACAAUGGUUGGAGCUGAAACGCGACCACAAAGAGGCGUUCGCGGAACUCGACAUUGCUGCUGUUGCGGCACAAAAACACGCGAAGAAGUACUUCGAAAAAGCCUUUCGCGCGUGGGAUCCCAAGAACCAGAACGAAGAAGCCUCAGGCGACGACGACAAGAACAGUUCGUAUAAACUCGCCUACGAAAACUGCGGCAAGUGGAGAGACGUGCUCGUCUCGACGACUGAGAUCGUCAAGAAGCAAGAGUCGUUUUUGAACUACACCGAUGACCCAGUUAUCGAAACCGUCGAAGACGAAACGUUACUCGAAGAAGUCAUCGAAACGCCGGUGACGAUGAAAAUUAUACGAACGCUGAUUCAAGGAUGGGACCCGCGCGACGUGAAGUCAAACUUAGCGAUGGACCUCUUUUACGAGUGGCAAAGCGUGUUACCACGCCGCUCGUUGGAUAAGAUCGUUGAGAAUGCCAUCAUUCCGAAACUGACACGAGAGAUUGAAAAGUGGACGUUCGUUGAAGACGCUGGCGACGAAGGAAAAGUAACGUCUUCUUCCCCGUCGUCGGUACCCUCAAAGUGGAUUUUCCCAUGGCUCGAGAUGCUUUUAGAACCUAUCAAAGCGCUUUCGUCGACAAUAAAACAAAAGUUUGCGAACGUGAUAGACGCGUCUAUUGGUGACAAAGCAGUCGCAGUGGUUGAACCGUGGGUGGAAGUAAAAACGAUCGUCUUUGGUCGAACUUGGUGGUCGCAGUUUGUCGAGAAGACAGUCGUCCCGAAACUGGUCGCCAAAGCGAGUUUGAUUGAAAUCGACCCCGCCGAUCAAAAUUUGGAGAUAUUCAACAACAUUCUUCUGUGGAAAGCCGUCCUCGCAUCGAGCGAAGAAACCGAUGGCGGCGGGGGCGUUGCUAAAGUUCUCGAAAGAAGUCACUUUUGGAAAAAAUGGUCCUCGACUCUAAAAUCGUGGCUAAAAGACGAGAAGAAUUGUGAUUUGAUCGAAGUCGCCGAAUGGUACGAGUCUUGGAAGACGCUUUUAGGCGAAGACGUGUGUAACCACGAGCGUCCGCGGACGCAUUUACGCCGCGCGUUAGAGGCGAUGAACGCGGCCGCAACGGGAGAACCCAUCGCGCUUUCCGACGGCGAAGACGACGAAGACGCUCGACAAACGCUCGCCGGACGAGACAAAUCCCCCGGCAAAACUCGCAAAAUCAAAUCCAGCUCGACCGCGAAAAAAACGCUCAAGGAUAUCCUCGAAUCCGUCGCGUCCGAAAACGAUUUCGCGUUCCUCCCGAAAAACAAUCGUCGCACGCGUCUGGAAAAUCUCCCGGUUUUUGCUUUCGGCGGCGUCACCGUCGCCGUGGACGCGAACAAAGACGUCGUUUCCGUCUUGGCCACCGGCGCGGGCGAAGAGUCCUGGCACGUCGUCGGCAUCGAAGAGUUGGUCGAGCUGGCGAGAAUGAAAGCGUCCAUGAUGAGUGACGAUUAA